AUGGAAAAGCAAGGCGCCGGGAUUCACCUACUCCUGGCCGUCGCUCUCAUCGCCUGCAGUUCGCAGAUGCUGGUGGAUGCGAACUCCUGGUGGUCUUUAGCGAUGAACCCUAUUCAGAGGCCGGAGAUGUACAUCAUCGGCGCCCAGCCGCUGUGCAGCCAGCUCAGCGGCCUCUCCCAGGGCCAGCGGAAGCUGUGUCAGCUGUACCAGGACCAUAUGGUGUACAUCGGCGAGGGCGCCAAGACCGGCAUCAAGGAAUGCCAGUACCAGUUCAAGUACAGGCGAUGGAACUGCAGUACGGUGGACAACAUGUCGGUGUUCGGCCGUGUAAUGCAGAUAGGGAGCCGGGAGACAGCGUUCACCUACGCCAUCAGCGCGGCGGGUGUGGUGAACGCGGUGAGCCGGGCGUGCCGCGAGGGUGAGCUGUCCACCUGCGGGUGCAGCCGGGCGGCCCGCCCCAGCGACCUGCCCCGCGACUGGCUGUGGGGCGGCUGCGGCGACAACGUCAACUACGGCUACCGCUUCGCCCGCGAGUUCGUGGAUGCCCGCGAGCGUGAGAAGAACUACCCGCGCGGCUCCGAGGAGCACGCCCGCACGCUCAUGAACCUGCAGAACAACGAGGCCGGCCGGCAGGCGGUGUACAACCUGGCCAACGUGGCGUGUAAGUGCCACGGCGUGUCGGGCUCCUGCAGCCUGAAGACCUGCUGGCUGCAGCUGGCUGACUUCCGGCGCGUGGGCGAGUUCCUGAAGGAGAAGUACGACAGCGCGGCGGCCAUGCGCAUCGGCCGCAAGGGCAAGCUGGAGCUGGUCAACAGCCGCUUCAACGCACCCACGCCGGAGGACCUGGUCUACAUCGACCCCAGCCCUGACUACUGCCUGCGCAACGAGACCACCGGCUCGCUGGGCACCCAGGGCCGCCUCUGCAACAAGACCUCGGAGGGCAUGGACGGCUGCGAGCUCAUGUGCUGUGGCCGCGGGUAUGACCAGUUCAAGACCUACCAGCACGAGCGCUGCCACUGCAAGUUCCACUGGUGCUGCUACGUCAAGUGCAAGCGCUGCACCUCGCUGGUGGACCAGUACGUCUGCAAGUAGGGAACGGCAGCCGAUGGACAGGGAGGGAGGAGGGGAGUACAGAAAUGAAAUAAUGAUAAUAAUAAGAAAAAAGUAUAUAAUUUAGCCAACAAACAGAUGAUAAUAAUUUAAUAAGACUUUUUUAUUAUCCCUGACUGACGUACAGAAUGGAGAACUUUUAA